GUUCGUAUAUAAUUAACAAAGAUUUGGGUUUUGUUUUCAAAAGUUGUAACACUCAAUUUUUUCAACACUAUGUGCCAUGUUUUUAACCUUUAAGUUAUAGAGCCAAAACGUUAGUGAACGUAGUUAUUCUUGGCUUCCGUGCUUAUGAAUCAGAUCGUAACUAUUUCUUUCACUUUGGAUUGUGGUUUCUUGAACUAUUUAAGUGAUGCAAAAGAUGAGUCUUGCUAGGCGUUCCCUCUCUUUUAAAAGUAGAUUUGGUGUUUUAUUAUAAACAGGUUUUCUCCAAGGAAACUUCUCUACAUUUUCUUACUUUGUCAUCUUUUCAGGGAAUGAGAACUAUAUGUACUGAUCCCUACAUCAUUUUAUCAUUAAACUAUUUGUUACUGAUGUAUGUGUUAGUUUUUAUUUUAUUUAUGGAUAUUUAAAAAAUAUUUACAGGGUUUUUGAACCAACUUCAUUCUCACUUAGUCUUUUGCUGAUUACUAGACAUUUUCCUUUGUGUUACUCUCCACCCACUUUGGGAGUUAUGAAUGCUUACCCUUUCGUUGGUUUCCUCUGGCCACUGAGUAUAUGAGUAAAUGUCACAUGCAUGUGGUAUUGCUUGUCAGAGCAUGGAAUUCUAAGACUUCCUCUUUACAUAGAACAGUUUAACUUUUGUGCUUCUGGGAAGAAGUAUGGUCUUUGGGACAGUUCUGCUUCCACCUAAUAGUUAUGGUAGAGAUCAGGACACGUCACUUGGCUGCCUGUGUAGCGAUGCCUCGGAAUGUGCUCUACCCGACUUAAUAGAUCACUUUGCCAGCUGUGUGGAGGAUGGAUUUGAGGGAGACAAGACUGGAGGCAAUAGUCCAGAAGCCUUGCAUCGCCCCUACGGUUGUGAUGUUGAACCCCAGGCAUUGAAUGAAGCUAUCAGGUGGAGCUCCAAGGAGAACUUGCUUGGCGCCACUGAGAGUGACCCUAAUCUCUUUGUUGCACUUUAUGAUUUUGUAGCAAGUGGUGAUAACACACUCAGUAUCACUAAAGGUGAAAAGCUACGAGUCCUUGGUUACAAUCAGAAUGGUGAGUGGAGUGAAGUUCGCUCUAAGAAUGGACAGGGUUGGGUGCCAAGCAACUACAUCACCCCGGUGAACAGCCUGGAAAAGCAUUCCUGGUACCAUGGACCGGUGUCACGCAGUGCGGCAGAGUAUCUGCUCAGCAGUCUGAUCAAUGGUAGUUUCCUGGUGCGGGAAAGUGAGAGCAGCCCUGGGCAGCUGUCGAUCUCACUCAGGUAUGAGGGGCGUGUGUAUCACUACAGGAUCAAUACCACCACAGAUGGCAAGGUGUAUGUGACUGCUGAGAGUCGCUUUAGCACCUUGGCAGAACUUGUUCACCAUCACUCCACAGUGGCUGAUGGGCUGGUGACAACACUACACUACCCAGCACCCAAAUGUAAUAAGCCUACAGUCUACGGUGUGUCCCCCAUCCAUGACAAAUGGGAAAUGGAACGAACAGAUAUUACCAUGAAGCACAAACUUGGGGGCGGUCAGUAUGGAGAGGUUUACGUUGGUGUCUGGAAGAAAUACAGCCUUACAGUUGCUGUGAAAACACUGAAGGAAGAUACCAUGGAGGUGGAGGAGUUCCUAAAAGAAGCUGCAGUGAUGAAGGAAAUCAAGCACCCUAAUCUGGUGCAACUGUUAGGUGUGUGUACUUUGGAGCCACCAUUUUACAUUGUGACUGAAUAUAUGCCAUAUGGGAAUUUGCUUGAUUAUCUCCGAGAAUGCAGCCGAGAAGAGGUGACUGCAGUUGUGCUGCUCUACAUGGCCACUCAGAUCUCUUCUGCAAUGGAGUAUUUAGAGAAGAAGAACUUCAUCCAUAGAGAUCUUGCAGCUCGUAACUGCCUAGUGGGAGAAAACCAUGUGGUAAAAGUGGCUGACUUUGGCUUGAGUAGAUUGAUGACUGGAGACACCUAUACUGCUCAUGCUGGAGCCAAAUUUCCUAUUAAGUGGACAGCACCAGAGAGUCUUGCCUAUAAUACGUUCUCAAUUAAAUCUGAUGUGUGGGCUUUUGGGGUACUGUUGUGGGAAAUUGCUACGUAUGGAAUGUCACCAUAUCCAGGUAUUGACCUGUCUCAGGUCUAUGAUCUACUGGAAAAAGGAUAUCGAAUGGAACAGCCUGAGGGAUGCCCCCCUAAGGUGUAUGAACUUAUGAGAGCAUGCUGGAAGUGGAGCCCUGCUGAUAGGCCCUCUUUUGCUGAAACGCAUCAAGCUUUUGAAACCAUGUUCCAUGACUCCAGCAUUUCUGAAGAGGUAGCUGAGGAGCUUGGGAGGGCCGCCUCCUCAUCGUCUGUUGUUCCAUACCUGCCCCGGUUACCUGUCCUUCCUUCCAAGACUCGGACACUGAGGAAGCAGCAGGAGAACAAGGAGAACAUUGAAGGGGUACAAGAUGUCAUAGAAAACUCUGCUUCCAGUUCAGCACCAGGGUUCAUCAGAAGUGCACAGGUCUCCAGCGGGUCCCCAGCGCUGCCUCGAAAGCAAAGAGACAAGUCACCCAGCAGCCUCUUGGAAGAUGCCAAAGAGACAUGCUUCACCAGGGAUAGGAAGGGAGGCUUCUUCAGCUCAUUCAUGAAAAAGAGAAAUGCUCCCACACCCCCUAAACGCAGCAGCUCCUUCCGAGAAAUGGAGAAUCAGCCCCACAAAAAAUAUGAACUCACGGGGCUUCCAGAGCAGGAUAGAAUGGCAAUGACCCUUCCCAGGAACUGCCAGAGGUCCAAACUCCAGCUGGAAAGGACAGUGUCCACCUCUUCUCAGCCAGAAGAGAAUGUGGACAGGGCCAAUGACAUGCUUCCAAAAAAAUCAGAGGAAGGUGCUGCUCCAACCAGGGAGAGACCAAAAGCCAAACUAUUGCCCCGAGGAGCCGCAGCUCUUCCUCUCAGAAAUCCCUCUGGGGAUCCAGCCAUUCCUGAGAAGGACUCUGCCGGGGUGGGAGUGGCUGGAGUGGCGGCUGCCCCCAAGGACAAGGAGAGGAAUGGCGGGGCACGACUUGGGAUGGCUGGAGUCCCAGAGGAUGGAGAGCAGCUGGGCUGGUCUUCUCCAGCCAAGGCUGCAGCAGUCCUCCCAACCACUCACAACCACAAAGUGCCAGUCCUUAUCUCGCCCACUCUGAAGCACACUCCAGCUGACGUGCAGCUUAUUGGCACAGACUCUCAGGGGAAUAAAUUCAAGCUUUUAUCUGAGCAUCAGGUCACAUCCUCUGGAGACAAGGACCGGCCCAGACGGGUAAAACCAAAGUGUGCCCCACCCCCGCCUCCAGUGAUGAGACUGCUGCAGCAUCCGUCCAUAUGUUCAGACCCUACGGAAGAGCCGACUGCCCCACCUGCAGGACAGCUCACGUCAGAAACACAGGAAGGAGGGAAAAGGGCAGCUCCAGGGGCAGUGCCCAUCAGCGGGAAAGCUGGGAGGCCAGUGGUGCCUCCACCUCAAGUGCCUCUGCCCGCGUCUUCCCCCUCGCCAGCCAGAAUGGCCAAUGGCACAGCAGGUACUAAAGUGGCUCUGAGAAAAACCAAACAGGCAACUGAGAAAAUCUCAGCAGACAAAAUCAGCAAAGAGGCCCUGUUGGAGUGUGCUGACCUACUGUCCAGUGCCAUCACAGAACCCGUGCCCAACAGCCAGCUGGUAGACGCUGGCCACCAGCUGCUCGACUACUGCUCCGGCUACGUGGACUGCAUCCCUCAGACUCGCAACAAAUUUGCCUUCCGCCAGGCCGUGAGCAAACUGGAACUCAGCCUGCAGGAGCUGCAGGUGUCCUCAGCAGCUGCUGGUGUGCCCGGGGCAAACCCUGUCCUUAAUAACUUAUUGUCAUGCGUACAGGAAAUCAGCGAUGUCGUGCAGAGGUAGCUGCUGCUGGCCUGGUGGGAAGACGCACGGUUUCUGAGCGGGGAGGGAGAGGGACUUGUUUUCCUGUGUUCUUGUUUUCAGAAAAUGAAAGACUGACACUUGAGUGUCUUUAUGUGAAGUACCUCGGAUCCCUGAGCUCUCACGUUUACAGGUUCAUCUCAAAAAUAACAAAAGCAAACCACAUAAGUAUAAGAGAGGUGAAUUUUAGAUGGGGGCAAGGCAGUAGUGGACGGGUUGGAAACUGCACUGGAGAAUCAGGGAACACGUAUGUGUCAUAAAGAAAUGCAGCCCAUCCCUACAUGGAAUGAUGAGAGGUGCUAGACAGGGCCGCGCUCAGCAAGGCUUCAGGGGCUGUGCCCAGACAGUGGAUUGCCACUCAUUCUGCACCACGUGAAAGGGAAUUGACUGGGGCUCUGGUAGGUACUGAUGUUGAUUAUGCUCCAGGUUACCUAAUGAAUUUGGUGGGACAGAAAAAAGGAAAGCUGGUAAUAUACCAAGAGAGGUUGUAUUCCAGGCAGUUGGAAGCAGCUGUUAGCCUUGCUUCCACAAAGUCAUUGCUGUUGAAAUAACUGCAAAUCAAAUUGCUAGAAAACAAAACUGGGAAAUGUGGCCCUGUGUGUAUGCUCUUGUCCUAUUUUCCAUUGGUGUAUUAGUUGGUGCAGGAAAUAAAGAAUGCUGAGGAGUUUAGUCAGGGAGAUUGAAACCUCCUCCUAAAUCUUAUAUUGAUUAGCAGAAGUCACUUCUCCCAGUCUAGUGUAUUAUUUCCUAAUGGGCCAGGAUCAGCUUCCUGCUUGUUGGUGGCUAUCUGUAAACCAUAGUAUAGGGAGGUCUCCUUAGUGGUUCUUCUGUGUCCCUUGCUGGGCAGGCUGUUUCCUUUAUUCCUGGUAGCAUUCAGGGCAUUAACCAACAUUAAUUUUGAUAAUAGUGGUCCGUACAGGUUCUUCCUGGGGAAUGAACCCUUUUCUGAUACAGCGCCUAUGCAUGCUGACAUACUGGCCAAUGACUGGAGCAGUUGUCUGUUUCUUUAUCAGCUAAAGUACCAGGGGAUGGUCUUUCCUUAAAACCCAACAGCCAGGCCCAGAGCCCCGGGACUGAGAGGAGAAGCUGGCUUUAAACUAAUGGUGUUUCUCUGCAUCUUUCCCUUCCUUAUCAACUUAAGCCCCAUCUAGGUUGAGAGUAGGGAGAGGCAUUCUCUCUCUCUCUCUCCUCUCUUUCGUAAUAUUCUUUAUUUUGCCAUUUCACCUCUAUUUUAAGAAUGCAUAAUUGAAGGAGUAGAUCAUUUUCAGGGAGCACCAGUUAGACCCUGGAAACUUAAUAACUUAACCAUCAAAUAUGUUUUGCCUUUGAAAAAUAGGCCUUUUCCUUCCCUUCUCAUUUAUUGUUAUGGAAGCUAAAUUAGGAUCACAUGGAAAUGAAUCUAAUGGGUUAGAUAUUAUUAAUGUUCUUGGUAUGAGGUCUAAUUUCAAUUAUUGCUUCAUUCACUUUUUAAAGCUUUAUGAACACUUCUCCCUCUCUCCCCAAGAAGAACUCAAUACAUAAUAUAUUUUUUCUCCUCAAAGGAAUAUUAGCUUAGAAAGACAGGAAUUCAACUUCGAGCAAUGAGUUUCCUUCUUGGCUCUGUCAUUGAUCCACUGUCAAGCCACAGCCCCAUCUCUUAAUCUAGUAAAUAAAGGUAACAGUAUAUGUUCUCAAAGGUGUUUUCCAAAUAAGUGUAUAGUUAUCUCUUUGAGCGUCUCUGGAAAGCUCUUUAGUGCAGUGUUGUUAAUUGUUUUUCAUUCCCCUCUUUGAUGAGUAUCAGAUAUUAAUAAAGUUUAAAACUGCUGAGAUUAUAUUAAUUGGGCUAGAAUACUAUGGGGGAAGCUAUGUUUUGAAUAGAGUUUGGCAUCUUUGACCAAGGAGGAAAUUGAGUUUUCAUUAGAACAAAAGGAAACCUUGAUUCUUAUUGCUGUUCCAAAAGAGGCCCAGGAUAAGAGAAAGAUUAGAAGAGAGCAGACAGUACUGGGCAUUCCUGGCAGAUGUUGGGCAAUUCCUGCGAGUAUGUCACCUACAGCUGCAGCACAGGCCAUUAGUGAUCAGGUUAAUUUCCUUGUGGCGGUUGGAAUAGAGCUUGGAUUUAAAAACCAACAGUCUAGGAUACACAGAUAUUGGAAAAAACAAAACAAAACAAAAUAAAAACCAACAGUCAUCCUGCCUUCUUCCCUGCCACUCUUCUUCAUCAUACAUGUCCAUAAACUUGAAUUCCUUUUCGCAGUUAGCCUUUUAAGGGUGGGGAGAGGAUAGCUAAAACUUUAGAAUAUUAUUAAUGCUGCUGUUUAAGUUUAUCCCUGUCAUUGUGGGAUGCAAGUUAAGGGAUUAUAAUUGUUUUUCAAGAGUAUUUUUUUUUUCUUUUUGAGCAAAGGUUCUAGUUUUCCUCGAGAGUUCUGAAAAUAAGCCGUGGAGAAACACUACUGAGUAUAUUUAAGCUCCCUGGUUUUCUCACUGAACGGUAAUGCUAGGGGUGGGGGUGGGCACUGUGCCUUACUCAGGGGGCAGCACCUAGCUCAGUCUUGCCUACAGUAGGUGCUCAAUACAUAAAUUAAAUUGAUUUUUGUUAAUACUGUCAAAAGUAGCAUUGACCAUUGUACCACACCCCGUCAACAUGAUGCUUGAACCAUGUAAUUUCAGGGGUUGAGGGCUCAGGGUUCAGGUUAAAGAGGCACUGUCAACUUAUUAUCAAAUAUAAUUUAGGUUUUACCUUCUUCUACUUAAAAAAAACAUCAUGUAAAUUAAAAGGUUUGAAUCCAAAGCAGAGAAAACUACUUCUAGAAACUAAAAAUAAUAGUUUAAUUGUAUCUAGUCUAAAAGCAAAGCAAAUACCACGAGAACAUUCCCUUGUACAAGGUAUUGACAAUUUUCUAAAGUGGUUAAACUGUAUGUGUGUGUACACACACGUACCUUUGGGCUGCCACAACUUGAUUCCUUUCAUGUACAGGUAGUAUGAUUUCAGUGUAGACUUCCUACCUUAAAAUUCAGUGUUUUGUGUUGAAUACAUCUAUUUUCUUAAAAGGCUUUGUAAAAUUGUGUAUAUUUUCCUGCAGACUUCCAUCGUGAUUUUCAGAGAUACAGCCUGAAAAAAAUUUGACCCUAAGAAAUUCAUUCAGUAUUUUUCUACAUGACCUCUGUACGUAGAGGUCAUUAUAGUGGAGACACUUUACAAGCAGUAUUUUAAGGUUUAAAGUAGAAAUUUUCUUACAAUUCAAUUAAACAUUGGCUGGCAAAAUAGUUAAUAAAACAUGCUGACUUUGCUGAGGCACAGCCCAUGUUAAUUAACUAAAGUCAUGGAGCUUUUGAGUGUAAGGGAUGCAACAUGGAUGGUGGGUUAGAGCUCGGGCUCCAGUGGCAGUCUAGAAGGCAAGCCGCUUCACUUCCCGAGCCUCUGUUCCCUCACAGUCAAACAGGGAUAACAGGAGUAACUGUCUCAGCAUUGCUAUAAGGAUUAAAUAAGGUGAUGUUUGUAAGAGACUUAGCUCAAGUGCCUGGAACACGGUGAGCACAUCAUAAAUGUUAGCUCUUACUAUUAUCAUUAACACCUAGUCCAGAGAUGUACAACAGAAUCCCCAAGGUGGAGUUAAAAAAAUAAUGAAUUAGCCUUAUUCCAGAUCAGAAUUCCCAAUGGGGCAGGGUAUCAGCUGAUGUAGUUUCCAGUGAUCUGUCCAGGUCUUUCAGACACCCAGUGCCACCUGAAAACUGUCAAUACCACCCCCAAACCCAUUUAUCUACAGAUUAAGAAACUAGAGGAGAGAAUGAUUAAGUUACUUGCCCAUUAUCUCAGAACAGUUAACUAGUAGCAGAGCCAAGGCUAGAAUUCGGGUCCCCUGACUUCAUGGUUGUGUGGUCUUUCCACCAGACCUGCUGUCUCGCGAGGCCCUGCAAAACAGCGGCUCACACAGACAGCCCGCCCGCGGCGGUGCUGCACGCUUUCUAAAGCACAUGCUCCCGGCACUGACCGUAAGGGGCUGAGUGUUGGAUAAUGGGAACACGAGCAAAGCAAGCAUUCUGUGGAACUCAGUAAUUAAAAUUAUAUGGGGUCAUUCUUUUGGACAGACCUCAGCAACACAGCAAUGUGCACUUUGUAGUAAAGAAAUACCAACUUAAGUGUUUUUUUUUUUUUUUUUAAGAAAAACUAGGCUUACAUUCCUUUUUCUUUAAAAAAUUUUAUUCAGUAUCAUUUUAAAGAAUAGGAGAUGAUAUAUAUGAAAGCACUUUGAGAAAGUAUCAAAUGUAAUAUAACUGUAAGGUUGUAUUAUUAAUGUCUGUUUAGAAGAUAAAACAGUUGAGUAGAUGCUAAUUGACCUGAAGACUUAUUUGUGGGGCGCCUGAAAAUGCAGAUAUAUAAUUACCUCUGUAAUUUAUCACAUUUAUAAAUAUCAAACUGCUAAAUGAACAUGUGCAGGUAUAACAAGUGUUUUGCUACAACUAAAGUUGUACUUCAGAGCUAAGUAACUUCAGAAAACUAGGGACCAACGUUUUGGCUAACUUUGAUCUUUAAAAAGUAGUAAGGUGUAAUGUGCUCUAGAAUACAGAAGCUCUUCCAGGGACCUUGACUCAAGAAGAAUGAGGCCCUCUUACUCUUGAGCAUUUGUUCAUUUGUACAUUACAUGCUCAGCCAUUUAUUAUCCUAAAUGUGGGAGCAGACUCGUUACUUGUUGAUGUUGACAGUGUCUUUUUAACCCUAUGUCCCGUGUGGUUUUGCUGGCGUUUAUUUUGUUGUUGUUGGGGGCUAGGGCGGGGGACAGAGGGAGCUGGAUGGCCAUAGAAGCAGUGCACUUUGGCAAUUACUUUUCUAGGAUUUCCUACCCGUUAUAAAUGGCAUUGACAUUUAUCAUCUAUCUUUAUUUUUUUAAUAAAAAGGGUAGCUGAACUUAAUUCAUGUAUUGGACUAAAAUACUCAAGAGUAAAUUGCACUGGUGUCCACUGUUGAGUUAUAGCUACACAUCAUUCUGACCUCCCCACUCCCUUCUGUUUUUGCUACUGAUAUUGUUAUUAUCAGGUUGUGUCCCUAUAAGGGUUCAUAUUGGGUUGACAGGGUUAUCUGUAUUUUUGUUCUUAAUGAUUUUUGAGUUUCAUCAUCUUGUUUUCAUUAGCUUGCUCCACCUGGAUUUGGGGUUCAUCUCCAUGCCCUAAGUAUCUGUUAUGAUCAGUCCUCUUUAUGUAGGUGGGUCUCUGGGCUUAAGUUUCCUCUCUUGAAGUAUUCAUAGAUUCCAGCUGUUUGUGUAUCUCUGUCUUAGCUUCUGGCAAGCUAGUAGCUCAUUUCCUUUGCACAUGCUUCCUUCAAUUGUGGAUAUGUGGGAGUGUGAGAGAACUACAGAAAGGAAGCUCCAAGGGAGCCUGUCUCUUUCUGAGGCUAGCUGACCAAGGCAGCUCAAGGGGACCUGUUGAUAAGCCAGGGACAAUGCUGCAAGCCAUAGCCUCUAGUGAGAGAGCAGAGGCCUCAGGGUGGUUCUGAAUCAGGAUAUCUGCAUUGUUUCGAUAAAGUUCCAGUUUUCCAACUAGUAGACUUUUAAAAAAUCUAAUUAAUACAAGGCUUGCUUUUUUUGGCAAGCCAGUAAUGCCUGGGGUAACGGUUACUGUUACCUGCUCUGUUCCGCACAGCUGCCGUCCCCCUGAGCUGUGCGCCAUCCCCUCUGCUCCUGUGACUGGGGAGCAGGUGAGUGGGUCAGGGUUCUGAGCUGCGCCCUGCUCCGAGCAUUCACCCAGGCGACUCUUGUAGUGCCAGCCUACCUUCUGUGCAAUUUAUUUUAAUGUCCAAACGGAUGAGUUUCUGUUCUGGGGAUGCUGCUUUUCAUGCUGCCCGCCUGAGAUAUAUAUUCUAUCUUGAGUGUGUGUAAGAUGACACCUUCAUUUCUGACUCAGUAUUCUAGAUCCAUAGGACAGGAAAUCAGGGAAGGCUUCACCCCGUAUGAUCGGCGUAAGAUCUCUUGCUUCAACCCAGGUAAGGAGGCCUGUGGCAAGUCAUCUUAAUUCUAAGCUGACUUGGAGUGGCAAAGGUCAUCCCUAGAGAUUUGUACCUUCAAAGAUGGGUUUCAUGAGUCUUGUGGAGGAAAAGACAUGUCAGCUGGGUUAAUUUUGCAUGAUCAUUGAACUAGAACUGGUAGAAAUGAGCUUCAUGGAUGGCAGA